AUGCAUAAUUGCUCCAAGCCAGAAAUUUUCGAUCGCACCGAGCUCUGGUUGUAUACGGAGGAAGGGCAGUUAAAAACAGACGAGCACUUGUGCUUGAGUGCAUAUCAGCCAGUACACGGUGAAAAUGCACGUACCUGGCAAGUUCAGCUGAAAGAGUGUGGUCAGUACGAAACCGAAUACUGGGAUUAUAGCACCAAUAGAAAAUCAUUUUACCAUCGUAAAAGUGGUUUGUGUUUGGAUGAGCCUUCUGACAGAGUCAGUGGACGACAUGUCGCGCAUAUCUUCAAACCUACGCUGAGUAAAUGCAGACGAAAUGACCAGAAUCAGGUGAUUUGA